AUUUCGGCAUUUUUUUUAUUCAUAAAAGGAAAAUAGCCUGCAGAUGCGCAUGGCUCUCUUCAGUUGUUUACUCUUGUUUUUCUAGUUCAAGACGUCGUGUGCCACCGCUCUUUCUACAAGCACCGUCCCGUCAAAAUGGGUAAGGUAAAAUGCAGCGACUUAAGGACCAAGAAGAAAGAGGAGCUGCUCAAGCAGCUCGAGGAGCUGAAGCUCGAGCUAUCCGGGCUUAGGGUAGCGAAGGUAACAGGUGGAGCAGCCUCUAAGCUUUCAAAAAUCCGGGUUGUAAGGAAGUCCAUUGCUCGCGUGUCUGUUGUCAUCAACCAGAAGACAAAGGAGAAUCUAAGGAAGUUUUACAAGAAUAAGAAGUACAAGCCCCUUGAUUUGCGCCCAAAGAAGACUCGCGCCAUCAGACGUAGGCUAACCAAGAGUGAAGCUAAUACCAAGACUCAAAAGGAAAUUAAAAGAUUGUAUUCAUUCCCUAAGAGGAAGUUUGCAGUCAAGAAGUAGAGAGUUUUGAUGAGAAA